AUGCCGGCCUUGAGGUCGCGGAGCAAGCGCUUUGCAAAGCAGACGCCAAAAGAGCAUUGUUCCUCAGGCCACUUGACAGUCGCCAAUCCAGAGUCAUCCAGUGAGCCCGAAGGAAUCAUUGAACUGGUGCAACAUGACUAUGCAAAGGUUGCCGGUUCUUCCUCUGCUGCUAAUACCACGCCUGCGGAAAUUCUACUGCAAAUAUACUCCCUGUUGACACCACGGGACUUCGACAAUGCGCGACGAACUUGUUCCCAAUGGAUGAGAGUCAGCUUGAACAAAGAGUUGCUAGGGACUAUGUUAAAACGAGCUGGUUGGUGGGAUGCAUGGCAACAAGAUAGUACGACGCAACGGAUCCACCGCAGUCCCUCCACUUACGAGAGCGAAGUUUGGAGGAUGAGCAAGCGCUUUGCGACAGAGUGCUUACUAUCAGGGCAAAAGGCAACAUUGGAAAAACCGGGUUUUGUGGCAACGGGAUCUGUCGAUUUCUCUCAGCUUGCGACAAGCCUGCCGAGCACAAAGACUCGUGGAGCUACAGCGUUCCAGGACCAAAACACACAUAGUACCUCGACAUUCAGUGUCAGCAGCUGUGGCAGUUAUCUCUUGGCUACAGCUGGCUGCGUGGUAUAUGUCUUUCAUCUUGUCGAUAGGAAAUCCAGAUCUAUGCCUUCAGCAGGACUGGCAGAUUCCUACGUGGUACCUAUCACCAGCAUUUCAUGUCCAUAUGAAGUUCUCUCGGCCACAAUUGAUACAAGUACGUCCCCAUUUGUGAUCGCCGCAUUGUUGCGUAAUCGAGCCGGUAUGGUGUGUGACUUGGAUGUAUCAAAUAUCACUCACGAUAGGGCAUCUACUGCUGGCUCAGUGGACGAGGCAUCAGAAUAUUUAUCAUCCAAGCCAUCCAAACACAAUCUAUACUCGAUGCCAACAACCACUCAUUCAACCCCGCAUUUCUUCUACGCCGUUUGCUCGGAAGAUCACCCGCCAAGAACAAUAGCCCUAUGUCCAGGCCGUCGAUGCAUAGCAUUUGGCUGCGCAGGAGGCAUCGAAAUCCAUUGGGUAGACGAAAACCAAACUAACCAACGCCGCCAUUUUCCCAUGUCCCAACCAUCCGAAAUCCUCCAUUUCCUCCCAAACUCGCCCAAAAUCCCAACAGAAAUGCGCCUCAUAUCCUCACUAGCAGGACCAGGCGUUCACGAGUGCGCAUGCCGACAAUCUCCCUUCCCAGACCACACCAAAAAAUGUCAAUUCAAUUUCCUUGAUCCAAGAUCACGCAAUCCACCCAACAAUGCAUCCCUCAGCCUCGUCCGUGCAACGCAUUGUCACCAUUACCGCGCCAUGCCUAUUAACGACGGUUACCACAUUAUCUUCAUAGAGCCACGCACCGGCCUCCUAUGCAUCGGAUCCGACGCUCCAAUCGGCGGCCCAACAAGUUUAACCCGUGCUUUUGUCUGCGUCCCGCCCAAUCACAGGAAAAUGACCAGCCAAUCUGCAACCCGGGUCCCGACUGCUUUCGCCGUAGCAUCGGAUCUACGCUGGGGUCUACGCGUCAUAGCUGCAUACCAAGACCGUAUAAUCCUUUACUCGAUCCCGCUCGACGUCCUCAAUAUUGUCCGCAGAGAACGUGAACGCCAGUCAGACGGUGUCAUGGGAGAUGAUCCAGCACGGGACAGGGGAGAUUCCGAAGAAUUCCGUCGCCGUGAGAAUCUGAUCCAAAACAAUAACGGGGAUUGGGAGUUCCUUCUGAGCACACGAUACAAACCGGCUUCAAUGAUUUGGCCAUUUAAAGUCUACGGCAAAGAAAUCGGUCACAUGGAUAAUAUAGUCGAGCUCGCUCUCCAAUCUUCAAAUGGAGGUGCUCGUAUCUGGGCUUUCGGUUCAUCUGGUUGUGCUCGGAUAUUUGAUAUCGAUACGUGCACGCCAACGGAGUCGCAAACUAAGGCUCUAUCUCAAAAUUCAUCUACACCCCCGAUGAAACUAGUCACUCUUGGCUCAGAUGGGAGUAUCGUCUCUGCUACUAUAUCCGAGCAGGAACUCAAUUCCGUACCGGCAUCUGUGGCCGGGAUUCAACCCAACACGGGCUCCCGGAAGCGCAAAGCGUCGGCGUUGAGAGACGAUUUUGUGGGGCGGUAUGGGAUCAGUCGAUAUGUGUCUUGUAGGACAAUAGACGGCCUUCAGCCUGUUAAUGCGCUACGGAUUCAGGAGGAGGAUUCAUCCGUACGGAGGCCAUCGUUUGCGGCUUGUAUUGUUGAUUUUAAGAUUCCUGAGCUUGGGAUGAGAGAAGGGGGAUGGAAUAGUACACCGGGUCGAUCUUGA